UAUGAAUUUAAUAACAAUGACCAGGGGCUUUAGGCUGCUUUUAUAACGGUUUUGCCACGGGUACUUUGCUUAAGAAAAUCCGGAUAAUCUUCUCUAAAGGACCUAAAUGAAUGAACUCGUCAACAUGAGAGACAAAAACAUUCAUACUCGAACUAUUGGAUCUUACAAAGUAAUUGGUGAGAAUCCAUAUUUUAAAGAGAAACCUGUGAAAAUAAUAUUAUAUUGGACUACUUUGUUUCGUAAACAAACGCCUAUAGAUAAACACCGGAAGUGUCUUAGCACGUGCGAAGCAAAGUGCAUUGUGACAGACGACAAAACACAAAUAGAAAAUGCGGACGCAGUCGAAUUUCAUCUUUCAGAUAUAUGGACACAAAUUUGGCGGAUCGGAACAAAAUCUAUUGUAGAAUUUCCAAACUACAGAAGACCAGAUCAAGUUUGGAUUUUAGCCAAUAAGGAACCGCCGCCACAUUUAUGGGGAGAUAUUCAGAUUUUCAAUGGAUUGUUUAAUUGGACGCGGUGGUAUAGGACCGACUCUGAUGUUUGGUUGCCGUAUGGUGUAGUUCACCCCUAUAACGAGACUGAGCAAGCUGAAGUGGCCUACAAAUUAAAGAACCGGAAUUUUUAUAAAGAAAAAACCAAGGGGAUAGCUCUUACAAUUAGCAACUGUUUCGAUGCUGGUCGGAGAUACCAGAUUAUAAAAGAACUAAAUAAGUUUAUAGAUAUAGACAAAUAUGGGAAGUGUUAUAACAGAGUGUGCGGAGAUACCGCUCAUCAGGAUGACCAAUCAUGCGGUCGUCUGCUCAGAAAUUACAAGUUCUAUAUAGCGUUUGAAAAUAAUUUUUGUAAAGACUAUAUCACAGAAAAGUACUGGAUGGCUUUGGAAAGAGAACAAAUACCUAUUGUAAACUGGAAGUAUUUCAGUCCAAGUGUAGUUGUACCAAACUCAUACAUAAACAUUUUUGAUUUUGACACUAUACAACAGCUAGCACAAUAUCUCAAACUCGUUAGCUCGAAUGAAACUUUGUACAACAGUUAUUUAGAGCAUAAACAGUUUUAUACAGAUCGUAGAGACAUGUGCGACGCUUGUUCGGUUUGUCAUGCACUUCACGACAAGGACAGACCAGCUCAAGUAUAUACAGAUAUAGAAGGAUGGGUGCGCGAAGACUCGUGCGAGAAAGUUAAUCAUUGGAAUCAUUUCUUGAAAAAUAUAUACGCUCAAAGGUUCCAGAUACUUGGUUUUUGACGUCACUGUAUGACUAGCAUAGUACGAUGGUCAGUGCCAGUUCGAAGGAGCUCGGAUAAAAGACGUGCAGAAAUUAGCUGAUGUCACUGAACAGAAGUGUGUUGAUAUGGGGAUCACUUCUGACAAUGGCGGCACAAUACUGGACAUAAAAAUUAAUAGUAAAGAACAGGAUUUCAAAAAGUUAAAAUCAUAUAUCGACUUAGUACUGUCUUUUUUCUUACACCUGAAAGAAAAAUAUGCUAAAGAAAAAUAAGUAUUGCUAAAUAGUACAUGUAUAUAAAACACCUGUAAAUGGUAGAGAGAAAAAUCUAACGAGAAAAAUAUUCCCUUUGAAAGCAUGACGCAUUAUUAUGAAUGUCCCUGCAUUGCAGUCAGAAACUUUGUAUGAUAAACCAUUAUUUUUCCUUCUCGGUAAUAUUGUUUAACUACUAUAUGAUAUUGAAGAAGUUCUUAUAAAUAACUCAGAUUCAGCAUUAGAAAGAAAAGGGGAAAAAAGGAGUAGAAAAAAAAAUACGCACGUGAUAAAAUAAAUGGUAGUGUCGCAUAUUUUGUAGAAGUGUAAAA